AUAGAUUCUAGAGAUCUUAGUUUAUUUGUAUUGUAUCUAUAUUUAAUAUUUAUAUAAUCUAGACCUCUGCAGAUCUAAUCUAGAUCUACCUUCUAUUUAGAAUCUAGAUUUAGAUUUACGGUACUUCAUUCAAUAUGGCGGGAGUUGUGUUAGAGACGUUGAGUAACAAAAAGCUUUUGAUUUUGAGUUUUUCUUUAGCAAUAAUUCUUACCGUUUUCUUCUUGAUUGGAGGAAUUGUUGCUCCUUCACCAAAUAGUGUGAUGGAUACUCUAACUGUCAAAUGUUAUGAUAAAGACAAUGGUUGGCAUCUUAAUAACAUGAAGCCAUUUACCCCAAGAGGAAAAGAUUCAUGCAAAUAUAUAGAUAGUUUUAAUGAUGAGGAAAUAGAGCUGAAGAAAAUAGAUGCCAAUGAAAUUGUGUUUUCUCAGCUGCUACCGCUUCCUAAAGAAGGAAUCGAUCUUGAUAUGUCAAGAUGGUUUCAGAAUCUGAUAGCUGUGAUGGAUGUAAAUGUAGAGUAUGAUGAAGAUAAUCCAUAUCCUGAAAAUAACAAACCAGAAAUGUUGAUAGAAGCCAAACUUUUUUAUCGAGAUAAGGAGGAUGAUGAAUCAGACUGGAAGUUAUUAGCUGAAUCAAGUGAACAACGCACAUUGGAUUGUACAAUUGAGCCUGAGAGGAGGCGUAAAGGAAAUUUGUAUACUUGUGAAUUGAUAUCACUUUUUGAACUAGGCAGUGUUCAUUAUGACUAUUACUUGAUAAAUAUUCGUCUACCUAUUGAUCCAAGAAACACUAUGAACAGAAUUGGAAAACUUGCAGAUAUGCAUGUCAUUGCUAUCUUUCAAAAUGGUGGCUUUACAAAGGUUUGGUUUUCCAUGAAAACUGUUUUGUUCCCCAUGGUCUUAGUUGUCUUGGUCUGGUUUUGGAGGAGAGUUCAAACGCAGGGUCGCUCGACAAAUCUUACAGAAAGAACCAUAUUUGCACUUGGAAUAAUUUUAUCUAUCAUGAACUGUCCCAUUGAAUGGCUUACCUUAGCAGUGAACAUGCCUUAUAUGAUGCUGUUGAAUGACAUCAGAGAUGGUGCUUUUUAUGCAAUGUUGUUAUCCUUCUGGAUUAUAUUUGUUGGGGAACACAUGAUGGACCAGGUGGAUAGAAACAGGUUGAUGGCAUAUUGGAAGCACUUGACUGUUGUUAUUUUGGGCUGUCUGGCACUUUUUAUUUUUGAAAUGUGUGAAAGGGGCAGGCAGCUUGUGAAUCCGUUUUUUAGCAUUUGGUCUUCAGAGAUAGGUGGAGCAGCUGCAUUUGGCUUCAUUAUAACUGCUGGAAUAGCUGCCUGUAUUUACUUCCUCUUCUUGUGCUACCUUGUCUUCAGAGUCUUCAGAAAUAUUAGCUUGAAGCGAACAUCUCUACUACACAUGAGCACAUUGAGAAGAAAAUAUUAUUCAGGUCUAAUUUUUCGUUUCAAGUUUUUGAUGAUUGUAACUUUGCUGUGUGCUGCACUGACAGUUAUUUUCUUUAUCAUUGGACAACUGAGUGAAGGACAGUGGAAAUGGGGAGACAUUGAUGUCAGCUUGGAGUAUACUAGUGCAUUUCUCACUGGUGUUUAUGGAAUGUGGAAUGUUUAUGUGAUAGCCAUUCUUUGUUUGUAUGCUCCAUCCCAUAAAAAGUUUACUACAGAAACUGAUGAUACAGAUACCAAUAGUAGAGAAGAGGAGGUUCAAUUGACCCAGUUGCCUUCAGAGGCAUCCACUCUGACCAGCUUCAUUACAAAACAAUCUGCAGAUUAAGAAGGCCAGGGUGGUGAGAACAUGUUGAUCUGAUGACCUGCUUUUACAUAUUUAUUUUUCUGUAUAGUUCUGUGUUAAAAUGAAAUUUCAUGUACAUAAUAUAUAAAUAGGAUUACUUUUUGCAUUAUAUACAAAUGUAUUUUUUGUAAUUUAUAUUUGGUGUACAGUGUAAUCCAUUUAAUUAUCUUUUAGUCAUCACCCAUGUGGAAUAGAUAAUAAAAGUACCUUUUUAAGAGACCUCAGCCCUUUUCUAUCUGAUCCAUUUAAUCCAAAUUUUCCUGCCUCAAUUUUUUGGUGAAAUCUAGUUCUCAAGCAGUCUUUUACUUACCAUGUGAGCUCCACUUCAGGACUUGUCUGGUAAUGUUAAUUGAAUUUGGCAACGUCUGGUCAAUUCAGACACCUGUUUUCUCAUCCUUUUUGUUUUCACUUGUCUCCAGGAAGUCACUGUAAGCUUAAACAUUUCAAAAUAAAUAUUUAUUUUAAUUAAUGAAACCUUCGAACAAAUUUUUUUUUUGCUCAGGAUUUUCAGACAUUAUCAAAUGUAGCCAAUUCUAAUACGUAACUUCUUUAGUAUUGAAAUUAAAGGUUGUUAGCCAUAAACCACAACCUCAUAGAUGCAGCUGACCCCCUCCCCUCCUCUAAUUGCAAAAUCGACUGUAAAAUGAAAGGUCUUGAAAAGAAAUUUUUGUUUAAAAAUCAAGGGAUAAGUAAAAAUGACAAUUCUAAAUAAUGUUGACUUCAGCGUCAGAAUAGGUUUUAAUUUGUUAACAUGUUUGAGAAAUCUUUGAUCAGUUAAUUUUUAAAAAGGGUUGUGUUCAUUGGUAAAGUGCUCAUUAACUUUUAGAACAUUUUUUCUUUAGAGUGUAUCUAAAAUACUUUACUUUAAAAUGUGUUAUGACCUUUUUUUUGUGCGUGAACAAAUACAUAUCAGGAAAUGUUACACAAAGUAACUUUUUUUAUCACUGUUAUUAUUUAUUUUUUUUUGUACAGAGUCCAACAAAUUUUCUACUCCAACUAUUUACUUAUGUUUGUGUGUGACAUACAACCAGCAUUACAAAUCUGAACAUUUGAUACUUAAGGCAUUUACUUUUGUCUACAAAUAUUUGGAUUGAACUGACUAAGUGAUAUUAAUUUGUUAUACAUCUUCACUCAAAGUUUUCAAAUGAAUUUAUUUUAAAUGCUAAUUUUUUUUCCUUUUUACGUUGUGAAAUGUGUGUAUACACUACAUUUAAUAACACAAUGAAAUGGAACCAAUUGUGAUGUUAGCCAAUGAAAUGGUACAGAAGUUAGGCUGUUAUGUAUUUAGAUUAGUUUCUGCUUAAAUCCAAUGCCAGUCCUGUUUUUUCUUGACAUUAUUUUUCAUUGAGAGUUAUGUUUUUGUCAGACAUCAUAAAAUUAUUUUAAAAACAAUAAUAAGCUACUUCAUUGUACAAUCUUAUAGACUGACUGUUUUCAUAUAAAUGUGUUCAUAAAAUUGAUAAGAUUGGCUUCAAGUUCAGUUUAGAGCUGAAAAUAAAUUUGGUGAAAAGUUAGAAAAUAAAGCUUUCAAAUCUCAACAAAAAAUUGUGGUUUAACACUUCAGGGUUCGUAGCCACCUUGAAAACCUGGAAAACACCUUGAAUUUCAUAUUAAAUUCAAGGCCUUGAAAAAGCCUUGAAUUUCGUAAGAAAUGGUGAAAAAACCUUUAAUUUUAAAACUGGACCUUGAGUUCUUUCCCUCCCGAUACCUGGUGUUUAUUUUCGUAUUUUUUUCCGGUUUCAUUGAGCUGACCAGUGACGACGCGUCUACACCGCCUUUCACCCACUUGUGAAGCGCGACCUCGUGAUUGAAAACGACCUUGGCUCAAGCAAGCAUUUCACUUAGCACUAUUUUCCUUUCACUGUUACGACUGAAGACGCGCUAGAUCUAGUCUGUAGUGACUGUUGUCUAUAACUAGAGCAAUUAGCAGCCUAAUGUGAAGGCUACAUCCCUCCGGGCCCUCCCUCGCCGAAAAUCUUCUUGUUGUAACAGUAAGAGUGACUUCGCGUGGAAAGUCCGUAUAUCAUCUUAUCUUUGUGUCUUUCUGAGUAUUUUAUUAGAUUUUGUAUUUGGAGAUUCAGUGUUUAAGUAUAAUUGCUACCGGUACUUUACUUUUGAGUCUUCUCACGAUCCAUCCUUGUUAUCUAGAUUUUAGAUUUUGUAUUUGGAGAUUCAGUGUUUAAGUAUAAUUGCUACCGGUACCUUACUUUUGAGUCUUCUCACGAUCCAUCCUUGUUAUCUAGAUUUUAGAUUUUGUAUUUGGAGAUUCAGUGUUUAAGUAUAAUUGCUACCGGUACUUUACUUUUGAGUCUUCUCACGAUCCAUCCUUGUUAUCUAGCUAGAAAUAGUAUCUAGAUUUAGAUCUAAGUUAGAUCUAGUUAUGAUAAUUCGCGCUUAACCUGAAAACUCCGUGAAUUUUAGUUAAUUUAAGGAUCUAGAUCCAGGUACAUCUAAUGUCUGGAUUGCUCUAGAAAUACACUAGAUUCUAGAUUUACGCUAAAUCACUACAAUCUAGUGAAGAAAAUUCUCUCACAGCCGUUAAAAGUCCGCGAAGUUUAGUGACAUUGAGUUAGAAUCUACAGAGUCUAAAUCUACGAUAAAUUCAGUGAAGAUAAUUCGCACACAGCCGUGAAAAGUCCGCCAAUUUAGUGACUUAAUUAGAUCUAGACUGUAGAAGCAGUGACGGCCGUGAAAAGUUAGUGACUUAGAUCUAGACUCUAGAUUUACGGUAGAUUCAGUGAAAAUAAUUCGCACAUAGCCGUGAAAAGUCCGCGAAUUUUAGGGACUAGAUUUACGGUGAUUCAGUGAAGAUAAUUCGAAAAAAGUCCGCGAAUUUAGUGACUUAGACUUAGAUCUAGACUUAAUUUACGCUAAUCCAAUAGAAUAGAGUGAAAAUAAUUCUCACAGCUGUGAAAAGUCCGCGAAUUUAGUGACUUAAAUUAGAGUCUAGAUCUACUGUAGAUUUAACUAAAAUAUUUCGCACACAGCUGUAGAAAAGCCCGUAGAGUUAUUUUGGUUGUAAUUUACUUAAAACUGAUGGAAAGCAAGUCAACUGCUAUAGUAAGAAUGAAAUAUUAUUUUUACAAAUCUAUGUCAAUUUAAGAAAAUUUCUAACUUCAGAUUGCGACAGUUUUAGCUGAAUUACAUCUCAUAUUUUUAAAAAGUUAUUCUUCUGUAGUGCAAGCUUGUUUGUGUUUUCUAAUGUAUUAAAAAGUUGCAUUUAAAUGCUAAGAAACACUAGAGAUGAAUUUUUUUAUUAUUUUUUUUGGAGGUAUGAUUUCAACUUAUCAGCAUACAUUUUAAUGUGGGUUUUUUAAUUUAAAAUUUAUAUAUAUAUAUAUAUUAUUCUUUUUACAUAUUUAUGUCAUAUGUAUGUAAAUAUAUAUAUAUAUAUAUAUAUAUAUAUAGGCCUAUAGCUUGCUAUGGUGCGAUGCAUACCUUGAAAAUCUAAAACUCUACCUUGAAAACCUGGAAAAUACCUGGAAAAUCAUUCAUGAAAUUGGCUAUGAACCCUGACACUUUUAAAAUCAUGUUUUCAUUCCAUUUGGUUGCUGAUUUAUUAUUAUGUGUUAUAACCUUUUUGAAUUUGUUGCAAUAAAUUUUGUUCUUUUUUUUUCUGAUUUUUUAAAUUUUUAGAAUUGUAUGUUCAACAUGUCCUUAUUUUUAUUUGGCUAGAACUCAAUUUAUCAACAUUAUUACUUAUUACAGAGUGACUGGCCACAUAUUUUUUUUUAGAUUUUAAUCUAUUUAUAUGUUUAUUUAGGGCUGCAGAGUUGUAACUUAGAACUUCACAUCUCUGAUUCUCUGAGUGUUUAUACAAAAGCUAAAAUGGCCUUUAAAUUCUUCUUUAACUCCCCCCCACCCCCCCACCCCCACGGUCAAAUGUCAUAAAUGUUAAAUUGUUAAAGUGAAGCACUUUGUAAAUGUUUUGACAUUAUUAUAGGAUUCUUUAAAGACCAAUGUCCUCUAUGUCAGUCCAUUUUGUUGAAUUCUCAAAAACAAUUUUUCUUGAUCUGCAUGUACAUUAAGCAUAACAUGAUUUUAUUAAGAGCUUUUCUAAGAGAGAAGUAGAACAUUUCAUCCUGUCAGUCCUAGAGCUCUCUCAAUGUGCUACUAACUCUGUUUCCCUCCGUCCAGCCAGAUUUAUGAUUUUAUGUGACGGCUUGCUAGGAAAAUUAGAGUUAUGCAGAAAAUGUAUUAUUUUUUUGGACAUAUUUAUGUGUUGGAAUCUCAGAAAACUUAAGAAUGCAGUCUUUAAAAAGAUAAAGAUGAAAAAUUGUUAUAAGUAGAUUUUUUUUGUUAUUCAGUAUGUAUAUAUAAUUAAAUAAAUAGAAUACUUAAUAAUUUUGUUAAAAUCUUUUCAUAGUAAUCCCAGAUUGAAAUCCUCCAUCUCUCCACAUCAUAUGGAAAAUAUAUUUCAACUGAGUUUUUUUUUAUUUUCCAAUGUCUGGAGUUUUUUUUUAUGGCAAAAAGUAAUUAAAAAAAAAAAAAGAAUUGCAUAAGUUUGUGAAACUAAAUUAAAAUAUUAUAGCAUCCAUAGUGUGCUCUGCUUCAUUAGUAUUUCGUAGGAAAGGUGUACUUGUAAGUGAUGUAUCAACUGCCUUUAGGCAGCUCUAGAAACACAACCAGAGUUUUCAAAGUAAUUUGUAACAGUGCAAGACAUAGUUUCUGUAUACCAUUGAGAUUUUAUAUUAGCAUUUUUUUGUUCUACUUUUGUAUUCUGAUACACAAUGUUCUUUAGUUUGGUCCAUCUGAAUGUUAAACAUGCCCAAAAUCUUUGAACAAAAUAAAUCAUUUUUUGUGGAGAUAUUUUGUUCUUGCCAUGUCAUGGACACAUUCAUUUUUACAUCUAUACUGUUCAUUUAUUUCUGUAAGCUGUAUAGACAAUAAAGUAUCUAGUGUAGCUACAAAGUAUGUUUUGUAUUUGUUCAGAACUAAGCAAUAAAAUAUAUGAAAGCAAG